ACGAGAAGAGGGGAUAUCGACAACUUGAAGCUGUGAAAAGCCAGACUGAACUACAAAACAAUAAAACAAUCCGGGUUUUCUACGCAACUCACCCACACAGCGCAAGCCUGGAAGCCGACUACUUUCAUAUGCGCGUCUAAGAACCGCCCGUCUUCUCAAGAGCCUCCUCCUCGGGAGCUGAUAUCAAGCACUGCCCAUCGUUACACACCUGUACACCCCUACAAGCCAUCAAGCUGCCUGCUUCAUACGAAAUCCUUGUCUAGUGCGUUCAUCAGAAAAAAGGUCUACAAAGUGCCCUCUCAAUAUGUCGGACUACUCGACCUUCUCCCUCGGCGACUUCACCCUACAAUCCGGCUCGACCAUCCCCGACGCCUUCAUCGCCUACAAAACAUAUGGCUCCCCAUCCAACCCGGCCAUCCUGUAUCCAACCUGGUACACAGGUCUGAUCUCCGACAACGAAUGGCUAAUCGGAUCGGACAAGGCCCUCGACCCGAACCGCUACUUCAUCAUCAUACCCGCGCUCUUCGGCAACGGCCAAUCCAUUUCACCCUCCAAUUCACCAUCCACCGUCCCAUUUCCCUACGUGACAUUCUACGACAACGUGCGCGCCCAGCACACCCUACUGACUUCACACCUGGGCAUCACGCACCUGCGCAUGGUCACAGGCUGGUCCAUGGGCGCGGGCCAAGCCUUCCAAUGGGCCACGCAGUACCCGGACUUCAUGGACAUCGUCGUCCCCUUCUGCGGGUCCGCGCGGACCUCGAUCCACAACCAGACCAUGCUAGAGGGCGUCAAGUCAGCCCUCCUCGCAGCAAAACACACCUCCUCCGCGGGCCCGGCCGCUGAACGCAUCGAAGGCAAAGACAAAGUCCGCACAUGGACCGACGACGAACGCACCGCGGGCCUAAAAGCCUUCGGCCGCGUCUACGCGGGCUGGGGCUUCAGCCAGGCCUUUUACCGCGAAAAACUGCACGAAAAGGCGUACGGCGCCAAAGAUCUCGAGGACUUUCUCAAAUCCUUCUGGGAGACAUGGGGCCUCAGCAAGGAUCCCGAGAACUUGUUGACCAUGUUAUGGACGUGGACCAACGGCGAUGUGAGCGCCCAGGAGCCGUACAAUGGCAACUUUGAAAAGGCCAUGGCCUCGAUCAAGGCCAAGACGUUGGUGCUGCCGAGCAAGACGGAUUUAUAUUUUCCACCCGAAGACUCCGAAUACGAAGUCGCAAACAUGUCCGCCGGUGUUGGCACCCUCGAGGUCUAUCCUUCCAUCUGGGGCCACUGGGCUGGAGGACCGCCGGGCAACCAGGACGAUGCCAAAUGGUUGGACGAACGGCUGGCCCGAUUACUCGACGAGGCACCCAAGCUUGCGUGAAGACUACACAUGUACCCUGCGUCAUCUAGGUAUACUCGGUACAGGUAUACUCCCGUACAGAUACCGAAGUACCUACCUUAUGUGGCCGCACUGUCCAACCCCUGAUAUGAAAGACAGUGUCGACAGAUGCCUGGUGAGCCGGAAAAAAUGGGUUUCCGCCCGCGCAGGGCAGAUGAGAGAGAUAGCACAUGCACAUCGAAAUGAUACAGAUGCAGAAUGAUUCGGCUCACGGCUGAAUUGGAGGCAGUAAUGACAACGGCACCGAGAAAUGCACAAUUUCAUGACUUAAAAACGAAGUAAUACUAAUACACUCAGUAC